CUUUGUAUUCUUAGGUAUUUAGGGCAGCGGUCAGAUCUGCCCAAAUUUUUCCAAAUCAUAUAUUAAGACCCAACAUUCAUUAGUUUGUUAAAAAUCUCUCUCUUCUCUUAUCUUGUUAUGAGUGAUUACCUCUGUUCAUGUUCCGUAACUUGGGAUUCUUGUACUCUGCUUUUCUCUGUUAAACCUUUCCUUUUGAGUUAUACUUCAAAAUCCAAGUUCAUCCCUUACCUUCAAGUCUUGGGUUUUUAUCUCUCGUAACAAUAUUUAAACGAUGUGUUUUUCUUUAGUAAUUGAAUUUGGUUUGAUGAUAAUCUGAUAUUGGUUUUUCUCUGUAUCAUAUCAUUAAGUCCUUUUUUCUUUUUUGGGUUUUUUGUUUGGAAAUAUAUGGUCAUGAACUUGAAAAGUUUGAGCUUCUAGAGGGAUUGUUCAGUUGUCUUUUUCUUGUUACUUUUCAGUCAAAUUUAGAAGCUAAGCUUUAAAGUACUCCACUAGGUUUUUUUAAGUAUUGGAUGACCGUUUUUCUGCCUUACUAGUUUCUUCUCUUCACCUUGAAAAAACUUGUACAGGGUUUUAAUUUGUUCUCUCAUGCCAGUUUUAGUAUUCCUUUGAUUUUGUACUUAAAUUACUGCUCUUGAACUAUUCAUCCACUGCUAGUUUUCUUUUCUUUUCUUUUUUGUUUUUUUACUUUAUCAUUCUCUUUCAAUGGCACCCACCAGCAGAAGAGGCAAAACAAGAAGAAAAACAAGCAAGCCAAGAAGAAGUCGUUGCAAGAAGAAGCUUGUAAAGCCCAAGAUCAGUAUUCAAAAAACAUCAGAGUUGGAGGGUUUGCCUUCAAACUCUUCAGAUCACUUUUCCAAUAUCGAUGGAUUUGAUAUUGAAGGAGUUGAUGAUGUCUCUGCUACAAGUCCAUGCUCUACACCAAAAGCUGAAAGGUUUCGAAUACCUGAGAUCGAUACAUGCCCUCCAGCACCAAAGAAGCAAAGAGUUCUUUCCAAUUGCUCAUUGCAAAGAACUCCUAUUGCUUUCUUUGCUCCUCCAGACUUAGAGCUCUUCUUCUUCUUUGCACUCAGAGAUAUCUCAGUCUGAUGAUAAGUGCUAGCUUUUGCAUAAAUAAAAAGAUCAUUCAAUAGUUUAAGCUUAGGUGUUUUUCUAUUUGAU